AAUUAAGAAUGUGAUGCUAUUCAUAAGGUAUAACAAAAGCAAAGGAGAGAAAGACAAAGAGAAGAGUUUCACCAGCCUCAAGACACAGUUUAAUAAAGAGUAAAGUGCAGAGGAAAUACCUUAAAGUUAUUUGGAUUGAAUAUGUUAAGUUUCAUUGUAUUGUGCCUUAAGAACACAUCCACAUUCUCUCCUCAGCUACACUUAAUCUUUUUGGAUGAAUAGAAAAGAUAAAGCAUUUACAGGAUUUCCCAUAAAAAGAAUGAAGAUGCCUAUAAUUUUGGCCUAGACAUGUUCUCUGGAGUCGCAUCCUAUAAAAAAUGUUUUACCAGCGUUCUGUUCUAGUUUGUAUAUUUACAUUGGAUUUAGUGGAUGAUAAUAUAGUGGAAAAUGCUAAUUUAAAUAGACAUCAAGAAGUAUUGUAUACCAGGGCACAAAACUCUUAAAAUGUUAUAUAGCAGAUAAUACAGCUUUGUCAUAGCACAGAAUACUGACCGACAUGGAAAAAAAAGGGAAAAAUCAGUAACUACCUUCCGUGCACCAGCUUAGGGUUGCUAUGAAAUGAACCCCAAACACUCAGUUAACCUGUAAAGAUUUAUUAGACUUCUGUUCUACCGUGCUAAAUCUUGCAAUCACCAACAAUAGGUCUAACUCAACCAGACCAUGAGAAUUCAUGUCUUUGAUUGUGAAGCAGGAAAAAAAAACAUGCAUAAAUUAAAAGAAUGGUAUAAUUAUUCUCAGACAUUUCAAUGAUGAGUUUGAUGUAGUAUGUCCUCAUUUCAGCUUCAAUGUGAUCUACUGGUCAAGCCUUGCCCAGCACAUCUGCAACUGGGGAGAUAGGCAAAGGGAAACGGCCAGGUCUUGUUAUGUUGACAAAGCGUGACCGUUACUGUAUGCAGGGAACUGUUGAGGGAGGUCCAAGCCAACUCAACCAAACCCUCUCAAACAAACCCUCAGCUCACAAACACACACUGAACUCAAGCCACAGCUGAGAAAUGAAUAGGUCCAGGGAGACACACAGGAUGAGCUGGGUCCCACUGAAAGAAACAGGAAAAGGAAACAGUAAAGAGGACAGAAACAUCUAUACAUCCAAAGAGGCCUCCAUCACGCCGGUGCAGUUUUCCAGACAAGUCCAGGUCCGUCGCCUCAUCAGUCUGAAGGGCUUGCUCACUGCUCAGAAGUUCUCAAAGGGGUUAAAGGAGCGGACAGCACAGAAACUAGCAGCAAAGAAAGGCGUCAGAGGCCCUGCAAGAAAGUUGAUUCCAAUCAUAAAUGACCAGGUGCCAACCGGCUGUGCCCAGCCUAAGGAAUGCUUCCCAGUGGCCCACGUCUCACAGCUGCUGCAUGACUUCCUGGCCUCCCGUCUGGACGGCGUGGCCUAUGUUGCUGGCACCGGUGGGCCCUUGUCGGCCGGACCCCUAGCACUGGCGCUAAGUGAGGAUCUGAGGGCACUGGUCCGGGCCAUCUGCCCACCACGCUACCGGCUGGUGUGCACCGUGAGCCUGGGACCAGCGGGGCAGGAAGGGUUGAUGAUGGCCAGCCGAUGCCUGUGGGACGCACAUGCAGACACCUGCAUCUCACACACCACCCAGACAGCGCAGAUCUUCUGUGUGGCGUCAGCCUUCGCAGUAUAUUAUGAGUGACAAUGAAAAUUUUUAUUUUUAAUGGUAUUUGGCAGAUGCUUUUGUCCAAAAAAUUGCAGUCAAUACCCAUUACAUAAAUAUUCAAGUGUUUCUAGUUUUGCCUUAGAUUAGAUAUGCCAUGGUUUAUCUGUGUUUCUUCCCAGAAGAAAACAUACUUUAAGUGGGAAUUAAAGAAGUUAUUAAACUCUUAGGUCUAGUUCCCCAUACAUGGCUUAAACCUGA